UUCUGAUUGGCUCCCGUGUGGAAAGCCCCUGCAGUGAGAGGAUUGGGAGAAAGAAACACAAACAGACUGCCUGGUCUCCUGUGCAGGGGGUCGCCAUGAUGCUGGCUGACAGCUGAGCGCAUGCGCACUCUGUACCCGGAGAGGCUGGGAACGAGCAGCACCGUCCCUGUCUCUACCAUAGACACACAAACACACACAGUGCCCACCGGGCUCAGCGGACUCCCGGCCUUAGAGCUCUGCCCCUGACGUCACUGGUCCCAGUGUUACCCCAAUGGUGAGAGCCUGGUGAGUGCGGAUCAGUAGCAGCCGGCGGCGGGGGGGCACCGAGGGGAACAUGGCACAGAGAGCAGAGGAGGAGAACAGCUCCGGGCUGAGGAGCAGGAGGAGCGGGACCCGCUCACUGGCCGCCCGGGAGAGGGACGAGCAGGUCCGGGCCGUGCAGGACACCUUGCUGCAGAGACUGGGCAGCUACGAGCCGGUGCUGAGCUACCUGCAGGCGGUGCUGGUGUGGGAGAGGCCUCGGCACAGUGCUCUGCUCCAUCUGGGCCUCAAUGCUGCCUUCUGGUUUUUUGCCCUGACCUCUCUUCGAAUAUUAUUUCUGGUUGCAUUUGGAUUGAUGAUUAUCAUUUGUGUGGACCAGUGGAAGAACAAAAUAUGGCCUGAACUUGGAGCUGCAAGACCCAAUGAGCUGGAUAAUGAAAGCUGGGGCUUUGUACACCCAAGACUGCUCAGUGUCCCAGAGUUGUGUCAUUAUGCUGCUGAAGCCUGGGUUACCUUUAUUAGCUUUCUUCAUAACCUCCUCUUCUUCAAGACUGAAAACCCUGGCAAGUUCUGUCUCUUAAUUUGCGGAUUCCUGACUUUCCUGACUGUGCUUGGUGGAUACAUUCCUGGUCUUGUGCUGUCAUACCUGCUGUUGCUAUUUAUCCUGCUCUGGCCAUUGGCAAUAUAUCACCGUUUGGGCCAGAGAGUCUACCAAAAGCUGGAGCCAGCCCUGCAGAGGCUCGACUUCAGUGUCCGUGGUUACAUGAUGGCCAGACAGAAGGAGAGAGAAAUGCAUGGCCGUGCCCUUCCUUCUAAUGAAGCCAGUGAUAGUGAAGAGGAGCUUGCGGCAUUUUGUCCAACACUGGAUGAUUCAAUGGUUGCUAAAGAAUUGACUAUUUCCGACUCGGAACAUUCAGAUGCAGAAGUUUCCUACACAGAAAAUGGAACAUUUAACCUAUCCAGAGGCCAAACACCACUUACAGAAGGCUCUGAAGAUCUGGAUCGCCAUAGUGACCCUGAAGAAUCUUUUGCUCGUGACCUCCCUGAUUUCCCAUCCAUUAAUCCUGAAGCUUUGGGGAUAGAUGAUGAGGAUGACACCAGCAUUGGAAUACCAAGUACAGCAAAGCACCCACGCUUGUCUUCCACACAACUGUACGAUGAGCAGGAAUCAGAUAUGUCUUUGGGUGGUUUCCCAGGAGCUCAACAGAUUACAGACAACAUCGCUGGCUUGGUAACCAGAGGGAUGAUACAACUGGCAUUGGCAGGUGCUACCCAGCAAGCCUCCACUUUUUUGGAUAAUCCAAGAGCCAAAACAUAUCAGAGAAACUCAAGCUCUGAACUGGACACUGAUGCAGAAGCUGAUGACUUUGAGCUACUGGAUCAAUCAGAGUUGAGCCAGAUGGACCCAGUAAACCAACGUGGCCAUCAGUGAUUAUGGAUGACAUGAAAAGGAUAGUGCCUGCCACUUCCUGAUUAUGAUUAUCUCAAAAACAAACAAAAAACACAUUUGAUCACAUCGUAGACCUGCAUUGUCAAGCUGUGACUUCUUCUCAGUGUGCUCCUUUGUGAGGUUUCCAUUUAAUGCAGACCAACCCGGGCCGUCAUUUUUAUCACUGUGAAGUCUGGAGCUGUAGAUUAGUGAUUAUAGAAUGAAAGAUACAGUAUUUUAAAAUUGAUCCCUACUGGAUAAAUGGACUUGGUGCAAUAGUGACUCCUCUUUUCCAACCCAGAAAUUUAAUGUGGGUUUUCCUUAACAGUCUGAAUCCACCCCUCCAUCCCUCCCCCUAAACUACAUUUAUAAAAACUACUUCUGGGUUGGUAUUACUAGUAAAGGUUUUUAAUAUGUGGUGUCUGAUGACUUGGUUGUGGGGGGGCACACAUUCCAUCUAAAAUAAGGUGUUUACUUAAGUACUCUGGCUUCACGUUCAAUCCAGAGAUGGCUCUUCAUGUUAUGGGCUAACCCUUAAUUAAAUCUGUGUCUACAAUCAAUUUAAAGUCGUAGUUAAGUGUUACUCUUCCCAUGGGUUGGUAAUGUAGCUGUGAAGUGGGUUAGAUGAGAGUGUGGUGGUACCCCAAUUGCUUGUGGCUUUGAAUUUUCUUCUUUCUGGGGUACAAAUUGGACUUUGUUGUGUUAAUGUACAGUGAAGCAUUUCUCAUGGCAACCUUUUAUUCUAUCGUCUCCUCUUCUUCUCUGGUUUACCCAUUAUUUCUGUCUCGACAAAAGCACUUUUAAUUUUGAAUACAUUUUGAUCUACAUUG